UUUUAAUCUAUAGUGUGUUGUUUCCUAUUUUGCGUUGCGUUUUGUGAAAAUUAUAAUAUUAAAUAAACUAAGUUCGCUCUAAUUAGGACUUGUUAGCAAUUAGAGAUAAGAAUUUUCAAACCAUUAUUUUCUAGGUGAUUUUCUGUUUUUUACAGUAAGAUCUCAAAUAAAACAAAGCUACCAAUAAUUCAGUGACUAACAAAUAGUCAUGGAUUCUACACAGAAAUUAGAUCCUAAUUCAAUAGAUUAUUGGAAAGAACAGGCAUCUAAUUUUGAACGAAAAGCUAAUGAACUACAACAGGAAUUGGAUGAAUAUACAGAAAAUUCUGCUCAACUCGAAAGAGAAUUGGAAGCCUCUCUAGUACAAGUAGAAAAACAGAACAGAGAUCUGGAACACCAAAAUCAAAGGCUUAAAAUGGAAAUUGAACAACUUAGGAACAAACUAGAAAGAAGUCAUCAUGAGACAAAUGCCUUAGAAAAUGAGUUACAAGCAUUAAAAAAAGAAAAGGAAAAACAAGCUAUUUAUGUAAGAGAAAUAGAACAAAAAAAUGAUGAUUUAGAAAGAGGACAAAGAGUUAUAUCAGAAUCAGUAGCAUGUAUAGAACAACUAUUAAAUCAAGCAUAUGAAAGAAAUGCAGUACUGGAAAGUGAGGUGGAUGAAAUUGAGAAUCUCAGAAUUAAAUUGCAACGUGCAAAUGAUGAAGCAAGAGAUCUUAAGCAAGAAUUAAAAGUAGUAGAGAAAAUACCGACACCAAAGAAAGAAGAUAGUGCACCAGAGGUGUGCAAUGGCCACACUACUGCCCGAACUCAAGUUGAAAUUGAGACACAAACAUCAGUAGCAUCUCCACAAAGAAGGGAAAUAAAUGGAAAUGCAAUGACUCCAUCAUCUAGAGUGUCAGCUAUAAACUUGGUGGGCGAUCUUCUUCGGAAAGUGGGGCUUGAGAGGUUUCUUUGCCGCGAAUGUGGUAAGGUCAAAUGCGCGUGUAUCACCGAGCAAAGUUCUCCACCUCACGAGUUCGUUGAUCAAAGGGAAUCGGAAAAUUCGAUUGAUUCAGUUGAAUUCCGGAAAUCGGAUAUAAAACCGGAAAUAGAGACCAGACAAAGGUCCUCUGAUCAACCGUUUCAAAGGUCCAUACAAAACGAUGGGAAGCUACGAAGAUCCUUCAUAGUGCGGUCCAGAGAGGGACUAGAAAAUUUCUUGAACUUAAAGAAAGGCCAAGAGAAAGAGAAAACUAAUUUACAGUUUUGAUAACUUUAUUUUUAGAUAUGUAUUGUACAAAUGGUGCUCGUUAGAUAUUAAUUCCGCAUAAGAGGGUAGUUGUGAAAAUGAAUUAAAAUGAAACCUAUGUAUUUUGUUCUUGUUAAACAGAUAUUAUAUGUUAUCCUAGAGUAUACUAUAGUGUAAACCAGGAAUUGAUUUUAAAUGUAUUUUAACGUACUAUGUAGGUACAUCACAAUUUCGUGUAUAUUGUAUUUUUGUAAGUAUUGUAAAUGUAGAGUAGACGUUGAGUUGGAGGCUUUUGCACCUAACUUCAUUACUAAUAACAUCAUUCAUAUGUAAUUUUCUUCAUUGUAGGCUUUGGAAUCAAAGUUAGCAUCGUGUCGUGGUACGGUUAGACCUAAAGAGCAUUCGCCAAACUCAGCUUCGGAAGUGAAUAAGGACUACAGGUGUGUACUCAAGAACUAAGACUUGCCUAUCUCCCGGUUUUUAUUUUAUAGUAUCAUACUAUAUAUGGAAGCUUUGUACUGUGAUCGUAAUCACAUUUCCUUACUAUUAUCUGUGAUGAUAAUAUAAGUUAUUUUCGGCCUACCCACCGUUGACAGCCACGCUUUGCUUUGUGACGUCACGACCAUCACAAUAAAGGCAAGUCGAUAUCAUACCUAAGGGCAAACAAUUUUCGAUAGUCUAUCAUUCAGAUGUGUGUAGGAAUAUUGUAUAUUUUUUAUCGGAGUUUUUAUGUAAAUAACAUAGCACUAUGAAAUUGUUAGCACUAAUAAAGUUUACGAUGUGAUCGAUAGUUCCGAUAGUUUUACGGGUAAUGGUAGGUUCGGUAAAAGUAUUUUCAAAAUUUAAUAACAAAUAAUAAAAUCCAUUCAUAAUAAUAUGCAUCAAACAUUUACUUAAAAGUUAGUGUUAAAGUAUGAAUUUAAACUUUACACUUAUUGCGAGUUUUUCUGUUAAAUAACUUUUCUAUAAUUUAAAUAAAUUUAGUAGAUAUAAAUAAGAAGAGAUUGUACUAAGAUUAUUUUACGAGCGUCGAUAGAUGGUGUAUAUGAGAGUAACCAACCGUUAUUCGUAAAAUAAAUAUAGGGAUUGAAAUUAGUAGAUGGUAGCUUCUUUCUUAAAUGCGAUCAUUAUAAAUGAUUAUCUUAAUAGAUUUACUUUAGCAAAAAUUCAGAAAUGCUCAACGUUCUUGAUAAUCUUACAGGUAUUUUUGUGUGACUAACAUCAGUGAAUACUAAAUUAAUUAACACAAUCGUUUUUACAUUCCUAAUAGCAUGGAUUAAGUUGACUUUCUUGCCUUAGACAAUAUAUAACAUGUACAAAAUACUGCAUUCUAUACGGCAGCCAUUUAAAUAGAAGUGAUCUGAAUUCUACUAGGCUUAAUCAAAUAAUUUUAUUCUGUUAUGUAUAUCGAUUCUUAAGUGCUAUUAAGUUAUAUUUUAAUACUAGUUCUUAUUUAAAGUCGGUAAUUACUAAUUUCGUGUACUUGAAACGUGUUGUUUCUGAUGAAUUUUAAGAUGAUUUGUAUGUUUGAUGUGGUCAAAAUUUUUUAUUCCUAUGUCGAAAAUUGUAUGUUAAUUUUCACUACAAUAGUUUGUAAUAACCCAGUCUAAUGCGAAUAGUAAUUAUUAGCAUUUAUAUUCAUGUGUGGUGACAACACAAUUUAUAUUUUUGUGCGGAAAUAAUAUCAAAGUAUAAUAAAUAAGUUCUGGCGAA